AUGUGUUUCCCCUCGAUCGCAUGGAUUCCCAAGUGUCGCUCACGACUCCAUUUGCAGAUACAGUUAACGAAUCGUGAAUGUACGGUUGGUUGUCUCUCGAAACGAAGGAAGCAAACAGAAGCGAGACCAAAUCACGAAUGGACUUGUGACGAUGUCAAUCGCUCGAUUUGCACUGAGCGACGCUCGGCUUUCGUCGCUUUUGGACGUCCCAUUCGCAAUCUGCCACUCUGGAGUCAGCACACACUCGUGACCGGUGUGACGACAAAGGUUCGCACUUUGCCUAACUUAUACCGCCCGCAACCUCGGGCUUUGAAUGGAUACAGAGGUGCGAUGGGCACCACCGUGGCGGUCUGGUUUGUCGCACAGACCUCUAAAUGGCUCAGUAAAAGCAUAAUCGGUGAUCAGAUCCAAGCUCUAUGCUCGUUCGUGAUUGGGUGGAGACGCGCUCGGACACGUCCAAGGUGUGGGGAAACCUGA